UAUUGAAAUAAUACGAUUAUCCGAAUGAGAGCGACGUACAUAAGUUCUUCUUCGAUAAUACAUGUAGAUCAAUAGUUUAAUAUUAACGGGUUAUCACUUAAAAUUCAAUUAUCACUUCAAUUAGUAUAUUUUUAUUUGCUGAUGUUCUAUAUUUGAGCUUUCAGUUAUAUCAGUUUGUCUGCUCGAGUAAUUAAUCCGAAUAAUUUCAUUUUGUGAAUAAGUUUUAUAAUACAAUUAGUGAUCAUGUCUAUCAGAGAUGUAUUAAACUGCCGGGACGUUUUAUGGUGGAUGGUUUUUUCCGGUCUGGGUGUCAAUUUUAUGCUGAGAGUUAAUUUGAACCUCGUACUUGUUGCUACUGCUAAACAAUCUGAAACUCCGGUUGUAUCACAAUGUGGAGAAGUUAUGAACAAUACAUUUAUCAAGAGUGUAAAUAAUUUUUCAUUGGCUAAUAAUGAAACUGAAGAAAUUAAGCAAGUUCAGUACUCAGAAUAUGAGCAAGGUCUUGCAAUUGGUGCCUACUACUGGAUCCACUGGUUAAGUGAAAUUCCCGGAGGAGUUUUGGCCCGUAAAUAUGGAACUAAAAUGAUUUUUGGAGUCGGCAAUUUAUUAGCCGCCAUUUUUGGAGUUUUUUUGUCUGUCACUAUGCAAUAUAGUCUUUACAGUCUUAUUUUCAUUCGCGUAUUGCAAGGAUUAGUCGCUGGCGUUGCAUAUCCUGCGACUCAUGAUCUAACGGCAAAAUGGAUUCCUCAGAAGGAAAGAAGUAAAUUUGUGAGCGCUUAUAUGGGCGGAAGUGUUGGAAUUGCUCUUACAUAUCCAUUGAGUGGAUUUAUUAUCGAUUACCUAGGUUGGGAGUCAGUAUUUUAUAUAACUUCAGUUUUAGGCAUCAUUUGGUGGUUCUUAUGGAUUAGUUUUGUCUACGACACUCCACAACAGCAUCCCAGAAUAUCAGAAAAAGAAAAGAAGUACAUCCUAGAUAAUUUAGGCACAUCCGUAGACCAUUCCAACCGGAAUUUAGCAAUUCCAUGGAGUCAAAUUUUGACAUCCUGGCCAGUAUGGACUUCAGUUCUGUCAAACUGGGGCGCAGUUUGGGGUUACUUCACUCUGAUGGCGCAAGCGCCGGCUUACUUCAAAUUUAUCCAUGGCUGGAGUGUUGAAAAAACGGGAAUAUUUUCUGGGCUUCCUCACUUUCUGACGAUGUUCUUCAGCUGGAUAUUCGCCCAUAUGAGCGACUGGCUGCUCCAAACCGAAAGACUGACUCUAACUGAGGUCAGAAAACUCGCGACUAUUGUCAGUUCAGGGCUGCCUAGUUUUCUAAUCCUGGGGCUUGCAUUCAGCGGGUGUUAUCCUGUACUUGCAGUGAUUCUUAUAAUGGGAGGAAUCGCCUCAGCCGGCGCUGUAACUUCGGGACCCCUCUCUAAUCUCGUUGACCUCAGUCCGAAUUACGCAAGUAUUCUUCUCGGUAUCUGUGGCCUUGUUAUUGACAUUGCUGGCUUUGUUUCUCCGAUUAUUGUUGGAUUUUUAACAAAUGAUAACCAAACUAUUGGACAGUGGCGUUUAAUUUUUAUAAUCGCAUUCUUAAACAUGGGAAUUUGCUGCCUUAUUUUCUGUAUCUGGGGCACUGCCGAAGAGCAAUCAUGGAACCAGUAUCACACAGUCUCAAAAAACGAAGAAGAUUAUAAAAUUUCCAUUGAACUUAAGCCACAAUUAAAUAAUCACAAUAAAUGAAUGAUAAGUCUUGAUCUUAAAUAAUUAAAUUCAUAAAUUCAUAAAUUAAGUAGCAUUUCAGAUUUUAUUAAAUAGAAUAAGUGAAAAUUAAUACAAAAUUUAAAAAUGACAUUAAAAAAUUCAUUAUUAUUAAUUGUAAAUUUAAAAAAAAAAUUAGUGCUACUAAAAUUGGUCCACUGGAAGACAAGUUAAUUAACAAUUACCCAAACAAAGCUGUGCUUUUACUUAACUAAUAAAUACACAAUUUAUUAUGCAAAUACAAAAGUAUAUUAUAGAUCAGACUAGUGUCAGCGCAAGGCUCAAUGCACGAAAUAUUUCGUACUUAUUUCUAAAAACUAAAAACAUUUAUAUUAAA